UUUAUACCCACCCAAGAAAAGAGACCUAUUAAACCAAGCAGCAUAACAAUCCGAGUUUUGGGCUAGUACUUAUAACUUUUCAUGUUCUGGGUUUGCUUUUGUUUCGGCUUUGGCUUGUUAAUUGCUUUGUCCAUUUGAGUUGUUUCAGAUCUCUACAGAAGUAAAGAAAAGAAACAAAUGGUACCUCAGAAACAAGCUGAAGCAGCCAUAGACACUGAACAAGAUGAUGAUCAGAGAGAGGAGGAGAGGGUAGAUGAGUCAAUAUGUAGCUUCAAAAGCCUUGUUUGGCAUGGUGGCUCUGUUUAUGAUGCUUGGUUUAACUGUGCAUCAAAUCAGGUAGCACAGGUUCUGCUAACACUGCCAUACUCGUUCUCUCAAUUGGGUAUGGUGUCAGGGGUCAUAUUACAGGUGUUUUAUGGUAUUCUUGGAAGCUGGACUGCUUAUCUCAUCAGUGUUCUCUAUCUUGAAUACCGUACUCGCAAGGAAAAAGAGAAUGGUUGCUUCAAAAAUCAUGUCAUACAGUGGUUUGAAGUAUUAGAUGGUUUGCUGGGUCCGUACUGGAAAGCUGUGGGAUUGGGCUUCAACUGUACCUUAUUGCUAUUUGGGUCUGUUAUACAACUCAUAGCUUGUGCAAGCAAUAUAUAUUACAUAAAUGACAAUCUAGAUAAGAGGACAUGGACAUACAUAUUUGGGGCUUGUUGUGCAACCACUGUGUUCAUACCCUCAUAUCACAACUAUAGGAUUUGGUCUUUUUUGGGUCUUGGCAUGACCACCUACACUGCUUGGUAUCUAACCAUAGCAUCCUUUGUUCAUGGUCAGGUUGAAGGAGUAAAUCACUCUGGCCCGAAGAAGUUGGUACUGUAUUUCACAGGUGCCACAAAUAUACUCUACACUUUCGGUGGACAUGCCAUAACUGUGGAAAUCAUUCAUGCAAUGUGGAAGCCUAAAAAAUUCAAGUACAUAUAUUUGUUUGCCACACUCUAUGUAUUCACCCUAACAAUUCCGUCAGCUUCUGCUGUCUAUUGGGCGUUUGGUGACCAACUCCUUAACCAUUCCAAUGCUUUCUCACUCCUUCCACGGACACGAUUUCGUGAUGUAGCUGUCAUCCUAAUGCUCAUUCACCAGUUUAUUACAUUUGGAUUUGCUUGCACACCACUGUAUUUUGUGUGGGAGAAAGUGAUUGGCAUGCAUGACACAAAGAGCAUAUGUUUAAGGGCACUUGUGAGGUUGCCGGUGGUUAUACCAAUAUGGUUCUUGGCCAUUAUUUUCCCGUUCUUCGGGCCUAUCAACUCUGCCGUGGGGGCACUAUUGGUCAGCUUUGCGAUCUACAUUAUCCCUUCUCUUGCUCAUAUGUUCACUUAUAGAACGGCCUCAGCUAGACAGAAUGCAGCAGAGAAACCUCCAUUCUUUCUGCCGAGCUGGACAGCAAUGUAUGUGGUGAACACAUUUAUUGUGGUAUGGGUAUUCAUUGUUGGCUUUGGAUUUGGAGGGUGGGCUAGCAUGAACAAUUUAAUUAACCAAAUUGACACCUUUGGGCUCUUCGCCAAGUGCUACCAGUGCAAACCCCCACCACUACUAGAACAUCACUGAGUUAGUGAGUUAAGAUUAUCAUACCAUUGCAACACAAUCUCUCGUGUAUCAUGUACUGGGAGUUAUCAUCAUCUUCGCCUAAUGUGUUCUUCCAUGAAAAUACGUAUAUAUUUAAGCAGAUGAUGGUGAACAUUGAUAAUUCCUUGGGCACUAAAAGGAAAUAGUUACUGCAACUCUAUUUGUAUUGAUAUAAAUGUUUGUUGAAUGUAUUACAUAUAAAGCCUAGCAAAUA